AUGGAUCGGCCGGCAGACGAGGAGAGGCCCCACCGCCACUGCCAUGACUCUGCCACCAAGCAACGCCGAGUAUUAGUGAAGAAAGAGACGCAGAUAGGGACGAGAGACGGAUGGAGCAGCAACCUCGUGUGGACGCAGUGCAAGCCGUGCGUGGAGUGCUUCAACCAGAGCACGCCGGAGUUCGACCCCUCGUCGUCGUCCACCUACACCGCGCUGCCGUGCUCCAGCACCUUGUGCAGCGACCUGCCCAGCUCAAAGUGCACCUCGGACAAGUGCGGCUACACGUACACCUACGGUGACUCCUCGUCGACGCAGGGCGUCCUGGCCGCCGAGACCUUCACGCUGGCCAAGACGAAGCUCCCGGACAUCGCCUUCGGCUGCGGCGACACGAACGAGGGCGACGGGUUCACGCAGGGCGCGGGGCGCCUGGGGCUGGGCCGGGGCCCCCUCUCGCUGGUCUCGCAGCUCGGCCUCAACAAGUUCUCUUACUGCCUCACCUCCCUCGAUGACACCAGCAAGAGCCCGCUCCUCCUGAGCUCCCUCGCCACCAUCUCGGAGAGCGCGGCGGCCGCGUCAUCGGUGCAGACCACCCCUCUCAUCAGGAACCCGAGCCAGCCGUCCUUCUACUACGUGAACCUCAAGGGCCUGGCCGUCGGCUCGACGCACAUCACCCUGCCGAGCUCGGCGUUCGCCGUGCAGGACGACGGCACGGGCGGGGUCAUCGUGGACUCCGGCACGUCCAUCACGUACCUGGAGCUCCGGAGUAGUAGUCAAUAG